CGCAGCCCAGGGUGCAGCCGGCGCUGGCGUCGCGCCGGCUCCGGGACGUGGCCGGCCGUGGCCCCGAGUUGCCGCAGCCCGCGUCCCAGGUAGGGGAGGAGGAAGCCGGAGCGGCCGCCAGCCACACGUGAAAGAAAAGCACAAGAAGCAAAGAAACUUUCACAGUCUUUGUUGAUUGGGCUAGUACACGUCGAACCCUGAAAUCAAAGUAAAGAAUUCUGAUGUUGAUGAACAGUCAUAUAGAAAAGAACGUGAACCUGUAGUAUCUGAGAAAUCUAUUUGAAAGUUUGGAAAAGUGCAAAAGGAGAAGUACAAAUGUCUACCACAAGACGAAAACGUUGUAUGUUAUGUUGUUUACCGUAAGCUGUAGUAAAAUGAGCUCAAUUGUUGACAGAGAUGACAGUAGUAUUUUUGAUGGGUUGGUGGAAGAAGAUGACAAGGACAAAGCAAAAAGAGUAUCUAGAAACAAAUCUGAAAAGAAACGUAGAGAUCAGUUUAAUGUUCUCAUUAAAGAACUGGGUUCCAUGCUUCCUGGUAAUGCUAGAAAGAUGGACAAAUCUACUGUUCUGCAGAAAAGCAUUGAUUUUUUACGAAAACAUAAAGAAAUAACUGCACAGUCAGAUGCUAGUGAAAUUCGACAGGACUGGAAACCUACAUUCCUUAGUAAUGAAGAGUUUACACAGUUAAUGUUAGAGGCUCUUGAUGGUUUUUUUUUAGCAAUCAUGACAGAUGGAAGUAUAAUAUAUGUAUCUGAGAGUGUAACUUCAUUACUUGAACAACUGCCAUCUGACCUUGUGGAUCAGAGUCUAUUUAACUUUAUCCCCGAGGGGGAGCAUUCAGAGGUUUAUAAAAUGCUCUCUACCCACCUGCUGGAGAGUGACUCAUUGACUCCUGAGUACUUAAAAUCAAAAAAUCAGUUAGAAUUCUGUUGUCAUAUGCUUCGAGGAACAAUAGAUCCAAAGGAACCAUCUACGUAUGAAUAUGUGAGAUUCAUAGGAAAUUUCAAAUCUUUAAACAGUGUAUCCACUUCAGCACACAAUGGUUUUGAAGGAACUAUACAACGCACACAUAGGCCUUCUUAUGAAGAGAGAAUUUGUUUUGUAGCUACUGUCAGGUUAGCUACACCUCAGUUCAUCAAGGAAAUGUGUACUGUUGAAGAACCCAAUGAAGAGUUUACAUCUAGACAUAGUUUAGAAUGGAAAUUUCUUUUUCUAGAUCACAGGGCACCACCAAUAAUAGGAUAUUUGCCAUUUGAAGUUUUGGGGACAUCAGGCUACGAUUACUAUCAUGUGGAUGACCUAGAAAAUCUGGCCAAAUGUCACGAGCACUUAAUGCAAUAUGGGAAAGGCAAGUCCUGUUAUUAUAGGUUUCUGACCAAAGGGCAACAGUGGAUUUGGCUUCAAACUCAUUAUUAUAUCACUUACCACCAGUGGAAUUCAAGACCAGAAUUUAUUGUUUGUACUCACACCGUAGUAAGUUAUGCAGAAGUUAGGGCUGAAAGACGACGAGAGCUUGGCAUUGAAGAGUCUCUUCCUGAGACAGCUGCUGACAAAAGCCAAGAUUCUGGGUCUGAUAAUCGCAUAAACACAGUUAGUCUCAAGGAAGCACUGGAAAGGUUUGAUCACAGCCCAACCCCUUCUGCCUCCUCCCGGAGUUCAAGAAAAUCAUCUCAUACAGCAGUAUCAGACCCUUCCUCAACACCAACAAAGAUCCCAACAGAUACUAGCACUCCUCCCAGACAGCAUUUACCAGCUCAUGAAAAGAUGGCCCAACGAAGAUCAUCAUUUAGUAGUCAGUCCAUAAACUCUCAGUCUGUUGGUCCAUCAAUAACACAGCCAGUGAUGUCUCAACCUGCAAAUUUACCAAUUCCACAAGGCAUGUCCCAGUUUCAGUUUUCAGCUCAAUUAGGAGCCAUGCAACACCUGAAGGACCAGUUGGAGCAACGAACCAGGAUGAUUGAGGCAAAUAUUCAUCGGCAGCAAGAAGAACUAAGGAAAAUUCAAGAGCAACUUCAAAUGGUCCAUGGCCAAGGGCUGCAGAUGUUUUUGCAACAAUCAAACCCUGGAUUAAAUUUUGGUUCUGUUCAACUUUCUUCUGGAAAUUCAUCUAAUGUCCAGCCACUUGCACCUAUAAAUAUGCAAAGCCAGGUUGUUCCUACUAACCAGAUUCAAAGUGGAAUGAAUGCUGGACAUAUUGGCACAAGUCAGCAUAUGAUUCAACAGCCUUUACAAAGUACAUCAACUCAGCAGAGUCAACAAAACGUACUGAGUGGUCACAGUCAGCCAACAUCUCUUCCAAGUCAGACACAGAGUACUCUUACAGCUCCUCUAUAUAAUACUAUGGUGAUUUCUCAGCCUGCCGCUGGAAGCAUGGUCCAGAUUCCAUCCAGUAUGUCACAGAACAGUACCCAGAGUGCCACAGUAACUACAUUCACUCAGGACAGACAGAUAAGAUUUUCUCAAGGUCAGCAACUUGUGACCAAAUUAGUGACUGCUCCUGUAGCUUGUGGGGCAGUCAUGGUACCUAGUACCAUGCUUAUGGGUCAGGUAGUGACUGCCUAUCCUACUUUCGCCACACAACAGCAGCAGGCACAGGCAUUGUCAGUAACACAACAGCAGCAGCAGCAGCAGCAGCAGCAGCAACAGCAACAACAGAGUUCCCAGGAGCAGCAGCUUCCCCCCGUUCAGCAACCAUCUCAGGCUCAGCUGACCCAACCACCACAGCAGUUUUUACAGACUUCUAGGUUGCUCCAUGGGAAUCCUUCAACUCAACUUAUCCUCUCUGCUGCAUUUCCACUACAACAGAGCUCCUUCCCUCAGUCACAUCACCAGCAGCAGCAGCAGCAACAGCAGCAACUUAGUCGGCAUAGGACUGACAGCUUGACUGAUCCUUCCAAGGUUCAACCACAGUAGCACACAAACUUCCUUCUUCUCUGGCAUCAAGGGACGAAGGAGAUGGUCCAUAAAGAGUUACUCAGAUAAUCCGAGAUUAGGAGGAAGACUUCCAGCUGUUCCAUAAGAUGUACUAUUGAGUGUUCUCAUUCCUGGAAUUAGUUGGUAAGAAAAAUGCUGCCUAGUGCUACAAAUGUACAUUAAAUACCAGCCAGCAGGAGAUAAUCCUAGAGACAUAGCCAAUUCUGACAGUGUUUUGGUCACCAGAUAUUUUUUUUGAUGGGGAAAAAAAAAGAGUAUAUUGCCAAAUGUAUGAAGCUCAGCUAUGAGAUUGACCUCUAGUGAACCUGAAAGGCACAAAUAAUGUUUGUACUUUUAGUGGUCCUGUUCCUGGUAUUAAGUGUUACAGAGGACUGCACCACUGCCACGUCAGGGGUUCACUUACAAUGAUGCCAUGAAGGUAGUUCAGUAAGUAGGUCCCCCAUUUCUCUCCCUCUUCAAAUAAUGAUAGAACAGUAAUUACUUUGAGAAUGUUGUGUGGGUUCAAAUUCUUUAUGUAUAGAUGCUGUAAAAAUAUGUAUAUGUCUGGAUGAAGGAGAGAAGCACACAUUCUGUAUGCUGCAUGAAAGCAUUAUCUCUUCCUUAUAGGUAUGAGUACAUUUCAUUAGAUUUUUACACCUGAUAAAGCCUCCACUUUUCCUUUUGUUUACAGCAUUAAUAGUGUUCUAUUCACUUUUCCAGGGCACAGGUCUUUGUGUUCAUACUUUGGCUGUGAUGUCACAGUUUGUUUAGUGAGGUAUGAAGUGCUGCUGGGAAUGGAUUUUUUUUUCAGGUUAAAUUAUUGAUACAAUAGGAUUUUCAAGUUAAAAAAAUAGCCCUCAUUUCAUUAUUUUUCAAUUAUGUUUGAAAAUAGGAUUUGCACUGCUGUAUUUUAGAUGGUUGGGAGUUUGAUCACAUAUUUCUAUGUAUUUCUUAAUGGGAAAUACAUAUGUACAAGGUUUUCAACAAGCCUGAAAGUAAUUUCAAGAAUGUUUCAGUUAUAUAGGAGUAAAUUUUGCACACAAAACAUUUUAGGCACUUUUUAACAUUCUCAAUGGUGGGAAUUUUAACUUUUAGGAUUUGUUGGAAUCUUUUUAUUAUCCUUCAUAAUUUCAAUGCUUCUUUUAGUCAGAAAUGAUUCAGGGUUAUUUGGGGGGGGAGGGGCUCCAUAGUGCCUUGAUUUGAUUCAGGUGAUAGCUCACCAUCUUGAAUUCAUUGUCUGGUUUCAAUAGCAGUUUUGAAACCUUAGUACAUUUUUAACAGCAUGUGAUUAUCAGUGUCAUUAUUUUCCAUUGAUUCCUAUAGAGACUGCUGAGUCUCUUAGACUGGGAUACAAAAAGUUUAGAGUAAAGAGAAUUAACCCAUCACUAUUACAGUUACUAGUACGCUCCCAAAAUUGUUUCCUAAAUUAGUAUCUUCCUUUAAAGCUAGUCAUUACCAGUAAAUAUUUGCCCCACGUGAUAGAUAUUCCUGUGUGAAGAGGUAGAAAUUGGCUCUGCCAUCAUUAUAACACAAAUACUGUAACUCACAUGCUUUUUAAAUAUGAACUAAGAUUUCAUCUGUUAAUAUCAUAUUCUAAAGGUAAUAAAAUCCAACACAAGUUACAUACAUUUUUAAAAGCACUGCUUAGAUUUUAUGGUACUAAUAAUAAAAUCUGCAAUUAUAGAGAAUUAAGAUUAGCAGAAAAUCUUAUUAGAAUAUUAGUGACUGAAAAGCAGGAAAAAACACAAAUCAAAAAUGACCUUAAGAGAAAAUGUGUUAACAGAGGUGAAGUUGCUAAGAUUUUGAGUAAAGAUGAUAAUCUAAUGGAGAAUUUCUAGAUAAAAGGCUCAGGGGAAUAUGCUAAAUCAGUUCUUGAUCUUUGGCUUUACUGUCAUCCUUAAGAAAUAUCUUCUGUUUUGCUACAAAACAAAAGUAUACCUGGGCACAAUGAAGUUAAAAGUUAAUGUUGAAAAUAACCAAAGAAAAUUGGUACCUAUACUUGUAAAAAAAGAGGUAUGCCAAGAUGCCACUCAAUAAUUAUUAACAUAUCAUAGAAUUCUUCUAAUUAAAUGGCAAUUCAGAAGAGAUUUCUGACAUUCCAUGAACAUUGAGUAGCUGUCAGAAAGUAUGUGUACUUGAGCUUACACAUGGCAGAACUGAUUGUCUCCAAAUUGCCUUUCUCAACCUUCUGCUAUUCCGUAUAUAUCUGAGUUGUGCCUCAUUUGUUGGCAAUACAGAGUGAUAAGGAUUUAGCUAACAAAACAUGAAGGACUAUUAAGGCUUAACCUCUGAAUACCAUAAUUAGAAGAAAGAUUGUGACCACUCUGUACUUAACAGAAGCAAAACGUAAGAUAAGCCACACGGUAAAUUUCUAAACUUUAAUUUACUCACAUUCUUCUACCCCAUCCUCUUCAAGUAUUUUCUAUAUUCACAAAUGUUUGGGGAAAAAAAACUAAAGUUUUUCAUAGUAAUUCCUUUUAUUCAGGAAUAAGGUGACCUUUUCCUGCUUGAAAUUGACACUUGCUAAAUUUAAAGGAGCAGUUAGCUGAUAACUUCUGCUGUCAGUAUGGAGAGUGGUGUUGGAAAAGCUAGUCAGCAUCUCUUUACCCUUGGUUCCCUCCUGGCUCUCUUGAACUAGGGUUUGCAAACUACCCCUAUCUCCUUCUUAUGAGACUUAAGUAUUUAGAUGAAGAUUCAACAGUUUCUCAUUCUUCCCUCAAUUCUGUAGCCAAAGUUCUUAAUUAAAAUCCCACAUCUAAAUCAUAAAGUGAUAACAAAUAGAAACACCUUUCAGGUUCUUA